AAACGUCGUGGUUCCUUUGAUUCAAGUAGCUCAAGCAGUUCGAGCUCGAGUAGCUCGGAUAGCAGCCCAGAAUUGAACGUAUUCGGCAACGAUGCCAACAUGAGCCACAUCAGCAAAAUAAGUAACAUUCCAAGAGCAGAGUCACCAAAGUUGAACAAUGUCGAUAGCAUGGUGAUGUUUUAUAAUAACACCGUCAACGUCCAAAACGGCGACCCGGCGACUGAAAAUACCGGUGGUUCUGCAUCAGUCCCGAAGCCGAACACCGCAGAAGGGUCCAUGGGUAUGUACGGGUCCAAGCGCUCCUCCUCUUCCUCGUCCUCCUCUUCUGAUAGUGACGGAGAUGAGAAACCACACCCAUCUGGUUACAGAUCCAUGUCUGCAAAAGCAAAAGGAACCGCUCUCCCCCCACCUCUGACGUUCCCACAGCCCAAUUACCGCUCUGAUUUACCUGUUGUACCUCGCCCCGUAACUCCUAUUAGGACAAGUUCUAGGGCGGUCUCUGCCGGAACGGAGAGACAAAUGCCGUCUGCGUACAACUCGAUAGGUGGCAGUGAAGUACCAAGACGCUCCCUGGGGUAUAGUACCACCGAGACGUCAGACCUGUUCCCUGGUGACAGUUUCAACCCAACCCAUGUCAACCCAAUGAUAUCAACCCAAACCACCACCGCCACAAAUGUAACAACGCUUAUGGGAACCCAGACCACCUCUGUUGAUACAAACACCAGUGAGUCACAGACAGCUCAACCUCCCGCCAAAAGCACCAGCGGUAUGGAGACCCAAACUGAAGCUAAAAGAAGCAAUUCCAGUGGAAUGCAAACCGAUGCGCAGACGACCGAAUCCAAUAACGAUAGAGAUAUGUUGCUAGCAAUGAUAAACAGCUUGAAAGAGCAAAUCGAAGAACUUAAAUGGCAGCUUUUGGCAGCAACGCGUGAGAAAGAGAGAACAGAUGACACCAACAUCCUCAUCAUACUACAGACGCUAUUUGCCGCGCAGAAGACGAUGAUGGAGAAGGAGGCCUCGCUUUCAGAUAAACAGGAGCAAGAGCCAUUGGGAAAAGUCAAUGAAAUCAAUGACAUCCCACCAACCGUUGAUAUCGAUGAAACACCAGAGAUCCAAGAGAUCAAUAAGGAUUAUGAGACGAAAACCAAACAGUGCGAAACAGAACUAAUCCAAAGCUGCCUCGAAAACAAAGAUCAGAUUUCCGAGGACGAAAUCAACCGCAUCCUCUCCAAGCAUGAACUCCAGGUCGAUGCUCUAAAACGCCAGCAAGAAUUAGCCAAACGCCAACAGUUAGAAGCCUUACAGAAGAAGUUCAUCGCUCGUAUAAGAAAAGAUGGUCCCAUUGGCAACACCGAUGACGACCUUGGAGGCGAAAAUACCCACAAUUCCACGACUCGUGAGACAACUGUAAUCGCCUCUACACAGUGCGAAGAAAGCAGCACCGUGACCGUCGAACAGCGCACUGAGAUUUCCCACAGUCAGGUAGCGCCACCGCCUAAUGAAGAACAAAACAGCGUGACUGAUGAUUUUGAUUUUGAUGAUGAUUAUGAAGACGACUUCGAGUCAGACGAUUCCGAAGAUCCCCCUUCUCUGGCCGGAGAAGAUGAGGUUCCUACCGAUGGAUCUGUCCCCGAGGGUCUAACCAAGGACAUCAUGAAGCACAUGGACGAGCUGUCGCCGGAGGUCCUGAGGGGACUGAUGGAUCUACACCGACGACAACAGGCGCGUGUGCAAAACACCAAUGAUGCCUCCAAGGCGAAGCAGGGUGCGUCUCUUUGGGAGAAGCUUCAAGCCAGGAGAAAGAAAGCCAUAGAGUUGAUGAACCGCAGUGAGUCAAUCAAGCAAGAAUACAGAGACGUCAAAGACGUGAAGAAUAUCGGGACCUACUUUGGGGAAGAAAUGAUAGGCAGUCAAACCGAAACCAAGGCUAUACAAGCCAACGAUGAGAAACUCGUCCAGAGCAUCAAGUCAAUACAAACCACCCAGGACGAGCAAGCUCUGAAGGUUAUGAUAAGUCAGCACCUUGUCUCCAGAAACACCAUGGAGAUAGAGAGACUCAACUAUCUGGAUCUGAUGGCGGUGUCGUUGAAGGACUCGAGCACGAGUACAAGUAGCCAUGUUGAGGUCACAACUCAGCUGGCCAAUGAUGAAACUUUAAAGAAGGACCUUAAAAAGUUGGAGACAGAAUUUUACACUGACAUCACCUCCUUGGGUUUCUACCUGGACGAGGAGGAGCUGAGGGCGCUGCUGAAAAAGUACGAGGAAGACCAAAGAAAAAUGAUCUCCAGGAACGCCAUGCAGAAAAUUCGAAGCGACGAAGACCUGAGAAGGAAGUUGGAGGAGCGUCGAUUGCGCAGGAUACAGCACGUAGUGGACUCCGUGCACAGUUCUGAUUUAGGGCUGGAGGAAAGCCAAAUCACUACCGGAGAGCAAGAGAACGAAACCAAAUCAACAGAAGUGCCGCUACUUCCGGUUGAGACCAUGAAUUCAGGCGUAUCGCCGGAGGUGGCAAAGAUGGACGAAAGCUUCUACAUUGAGCUAAAGCGAAGGAAGGAGGAAGAGAACUUGACGGAAGAGAUGCUACAAGAGAUGCUGGCUGAACACAUGCGUAAUGUUGAGAGAAUGCAGAGAAACACGGACGCUCAGAGAAUGAGACAACAUAUGUCCACACAAGAUAGACUAGCAGAACGCCGCCGUCUGAAAAAGGAGCAAGAGCAAUACAAGUUGGACCAGAAAAUGGCGCGCAAACGACUAGUGGAAGAGGAAAGAAAAUUGCAGGAAAUGAAUCGAGCCAACUUAGAAGAGAUCGCAAACCGCCUGAUCUACAACUGCAAGGAGAACACGAAGGCAGUGAGGGCGCUGUGGGCGGGGGAGGUGUCCCGAACCAAGGGCAAGGUCGGCGAGCUUACGACGGAAAACGUGAAGAAGAAAAGGAAGAAAAAGAAAAAGGACACUGGUGGAGAAAACAGCAGGCCCGAAACUGCACCUUUAUCCGUAUUAUGAAACGUCCAUCCAACCAACCGCCUGUUACGUACAAAGUCGCUAAACUUUUACGAGAGAUUCCUUGUGUGUGUGUCCAUGCUGUAAAAAAGAUGCUGUGUUGCCAAAUAGAAUUCACAUGUUUGUCGUGUACAUCAGGCGGUAUAGGAUAUAUGAAAUCUCCAUUUCAAAUGAAUACCUAUCAAUACAUUUUGCUGACUCUUGAUAUUUGUGAAGUAUUAUGACUGUGAUUUGACUUGUUUACACAGUAUACAGGAUUUAUCUUUUUUUUUAACCAACUGAACUUGGCUGUAUUUUUCACAGUCUUUAUACGGUAUGACCUUUAGCAACUCAUAGUAUACAUAGUAUUCAGGAUCAGAAUAAGUAACACUUCCUUUUCUGGAACAUUUACAUUGUAUACAGGAUUGAUCUUUUUUUAAACCAACAGAACUCGGAUGUAUUUUUAACAGUCUUUACACGAUAUGACCUUAAUCAACUCAAAGCUUAUCACUUUGUAAAUCACGCACAUUUUGUAUUUCGUUUCCAACUUUAUACGUGGAGAACAGUUGCAUUUUAUAUACAUAUUCAUUGUUGCGGUAUAUUUUCAAUAAACUGGCUUUACGGUGUAUCUUU